AUGCCUCCGAAAAUGAAUUCGGAUGCGCAAUUAAAAUUGUUGCAUGCAAAAAGGGACAACCUAUUUGCACGUAUGCAAUUAAUUUGUGAUAGCUCGUCGAAAAUCGAAGAUGAAACAAUCAGAGAAAUGUUUUUGUGUUCCAUUGAAACCGUGGAUAAAUUACGCUUAGAUUUCGAAAAUGUACUCGAUAGAAUCAAUACCCUAGAAUUAGAAUUAAAUCCCGAGUUUUUGGUUAAUUACGACGCCUUGUCGUCAUUUGAAGAUUUAGUUUGUCGUACAAAACGUGUCGCUAAAUCGUUAGAAAUUCCCGUCGAAUCAAAACCUGCGCUGGAUAGUGUAUGGAGGCAAGAUAGACCAAAAUUACCGCCUAUACAGAUACCAGAAUUUGAUGGUGAUAUCAAAAACUGGCCUUUGUUUUAUGCUUGUUUUGAGAAUACGAUUCAUAGAAAUAACGGAUUAUCGAAUCACGAAAAAUUACAUUAUUUAGUUGGUAAACUCACUGGUAAAGCAAAAUCUAAUAGAGUGGAUAAAGCCAAACUGGUCGACGCGAUCUCCUCCCGCUGGGGAGUGAAGCCUGGAGACGAGAAGUACCCCUACUACGUGAAAUUCGUUACUACUGUCGCCCACUCGAACUUAUAUCACUUGGACGGCUUCGAGGAAUUUAAAGACGACUCCAGUCUGGAGGUUGAUUUCUACAAGUUGGUUUUUGAGGUGCAGCCCAAACUUAAGGUGAAGACGAGUUGGUCGGUGAAACUUGAACGAGUCAACUGGUUUCCAGUCAUCACCGAAGCUGGAGCUUGCUACGCCACCAACACUCUAGUCCUACCAAACAUUGCUUUCAAGAUACCGACUGUAAACGAAACGAAAAUAUUUCCGAUCACCUGCCUAUACUCGUCUGGGAACUGCAACGUGUACUUCGAGGUUGAAGAAAAAGGAAUUUUCUACGUACACUCUCCGUACGACGCGGUGGACAUCAUCAGCGGAGGGUCUCCCAUAAUCCCUCUCCUGAACCGUGCCUCUGAGUUAAGCGUAAUAAAAAUUGGUCCCGGACGAGGAGUCAGGGAUCUGCCUCUACACCGGAGGGGCUGCCGCUUCAUUGAUGAACCAUUAGACAACGGAGAGGCGGUGUACAGCCUCAACACGUGUCGCCAGUCGUGCAGGAGCAAGCUCGCCUUGCAGCUGUGCGGCUGCAAGCCCUUUUAUUACUCUUACGAAGAGGGCUCAGUUUGCACCGCAAAAGGCAUGCACUGUCUGUCGCAGUACGCGCAGAAGUUGAUUACCGACGUUGGCAAAGAAUGCAGGUGCAGUCCGCAAUGUCUUGAAGCUACGUUCACUGAAAUCUCCACCAUGAGUCAAACUUGGAAACCAACCCAAUUCAUAAAGGAGAGGGGUUUCAUGAAGUUGUCAGUGCCGCCGCCCCGCUCGCGGUACACCAGAGAAAUCGUGUUCUACUUCCAGGAUUUAGUCGUGUCGUUUGGUGGUGCGGCGGGCUUGUUCCUCGGAGCCAGCUUCAUCAGUCUCGUGGAGAUCUUCUACUUCAUAAUCGGGAGAAGUUCUAGGGCAUGCUGCAAAAGGAAGGAUGGAAAGGAGAAGGGAACUACCAAAGCCGUCCAAAUCAAUAGCAAAGAACCAUCUAUAUGUUACGAAGCAAAACGGAUUCUGGAAUUAACAGCAAUUUUGGAAAACCAGCGAAGAUUGGACUAUUCUUGA